GUUGAGUCUUUUGAGAUCAUGUUUGUUGAAAUUCUCUACACAUAUAGCUAGAAGUUUUGUUGGUGAUCAAAUUUUUCGAUACAUGGUACAACUCGUUUCUUUGCUGGACUCCUUGGAAACAUUGUUGUUUCAAGUCAAAUUGACAUCUGAAAAAUUGGAGAAUAUUUUUUCACAUCAGGGAACAGUUGAUUCUUCCCAAUCAUCUGUUCACGCAUCACCGUUACUAUCUACUAAAGCCCAGUGCCUCUAUAUUCUAAAGUCUCUCCAGCGUUCUUUAGCAAAACUUGUCUUCAAUGUGAUGGAUAAAACCUCUAUAAUGGAAUUCUGUUUCAAAAAUGCUUCCUUAAUAUUUUGCACAGCUUCUUCUUCAUAUAAGCUACGCUCGGUGGACAUUGAACCGGUCAGAUUGUUGGUUAUCGAUGAAGCUGCUCAAUUAAAGGAGUGUGAAUCAAUUAUACCACUUCAGCUCCCAGGCUUGAGGCAUGCCGUUCUAGUUGGAGACGAAUGUCAAUUACCAGCGACCGUUAUCAGCAAGUUGUCUGAUGAAGCUGGCUUCGGAAGAAGCUUAUUUGGAAGACUGAGUUCAUUGGGUCAUUCUAAGCAUCUCCUUGAUGUGCAAUAUAGAAUGCAUCCAGCAAUUAGCCGCUUCCCAAAUUCAAAAUUCUAUCAGAAGAGGAUCAUAAAUGCACCCAAUGUGAAAGAUAAAAGCUAUGAACGAAGCUAUCUUCCAGGGAGGAUGUUUGGUCCUUAUUCAUUCAUAAACAUUCUAGAAGGAACAGAAGAAAUGGAUGAUUUUAGUCAUAGCCGAAGAAAUAUGGUUGAGGUAGCUGUAACUGUAAAGAUAGUGAAAAAACUCUACAAAGAAUGGAGUGUUUCACAAGAGAAACUUAGCAUUGGUGUAAUAUCGCCCUAUGCUGCUCAAGUUUUGGCAAUUCAAGAAAAGCUAAAGGCUGAAAACCAUGAGGGGUUUACAGUUACAGUCAAGUCCAUUGAUGGAUUUCAAGGUGGAGAAAAAGACAUAAUAAUUAUAUCUACUGUAAGAUCUAAUAAUGAUGGGUCCAUUGGUUUCUUGGCAAGCCCUCAGAGAACUAAUGUUUCUUUGACAAGAGCUCGACACUGUCUCUGGAUCCUAGGGAAUGAAAGAACACUACAAAAAAGAUAUUCAAUUUGGCAGAAAUUAGUACAUGAUGCCAAGGAUCGUCAAUGCUUUUUUAAUGCUGAUGAAGACAGCGACUUGGCCAAAACAAUUAUAGAUGCUAAGAAAGAACUGGAUCAACUUGACGACCUACUCAAUGGAGAGAGUAUACUGUUCAAAAGUGCAAGAUGGAAGGUUUUAUUCAGUGAAAACUUCAAAAGUUCAUUUAAAAAAUUGAAAUCCUCCCAUGUGAAAAAGUUAGUAAUGAAUCUUUUACUGAAGAUUGCUAGUGGAUGGCGACCAAAGAGAAGAAGUGUGGACUCGACGUGUGAGAUUUCCUUGCAAAUUGUGAAACAAUUUAAGGUUGAACGUUACUAUAUUGUUUGCACAAUUGAUAUAAUGAAAGAAUUGAACUACAUGCAAGUUUUGAAGGUCUGGGAUAUAUUACCUUUAAAAAUGGACCAGAAAUUGUUGAGGCGUCUUGAUAGCACAUUUGCUAUGCAUACAGAUGAUUUUAUCAACAGCUGUAAGGAGAAAUGUAUAGAGGGGAAUUUGGAAGUUCCAAAGAUCUGGCCAAUGUCCCACGAUAUAGUCCGGUAUAAGAAUAUCAUCAACAACAGCAUAUUAGAUGGUGAUUCAAGUGGUUGCACUGUAGAAUGUAGAAGUUGUGUUGAAAAUUCCAAAGUGAAUGAGAGUUUGUUGCUGAUGAAAUUUUACUCAUUAUCAGCCGGUGUUGUGCACCGUUUGCUAUCUGACCAAGACUGCAGGGAACUUGAUCUCCCAUUUGAGGUUACAGAUGAGGAGCGUGAAAUAAUUUUAUUUCCUAGGAGCAGCUUUGUAUUAGGUCGAUCAGGGACCGGGAAAACAACUAUUUUGACUAUGAAGCUUUACCGGAAGAUAGAGCAGCACCGCCUUGCUUUAAAUGGUAUCAGUUCGGCUGAGGGUUAUUUGUCCAUGAGCAAUAGAGCUGAUGAAGGUACAUGUAUGAGUGAAUACAAGGACAAUGUCUUGCACCAGCUUUUCGUCACCGUCAGUCCAAAACUUUGUUAUGCAAUCAAACAGCAUUUGUCUCGGCUGAAAAGAUUUGCUUGUGGUGGACAAUUUUAUAGAGAUGACAGUUCUAUUGAUGUGGAUGAAAUCGAUCAAAUGGCACCAUUUCAGGACAUUCCCGAUUCAUUUGUUGGAAUUAAACCUGAAAAGUAUCCUCUUGUUAUUACACUUCAAAAGUUCUUAUUGAUGCUUGAUGGUUCUCUGGGUAAUUCAUACUUUGAGAGGUUUCCAGAUCUUAAGGAUUUUUCUCAAGAUAAAAGAAGUUUGAAAUCAGUGGCAUUGCAAUCUUUCAUGAGGAAGAAGGAGGUUAAUUACAACCAUUUCAAAUCCUUUUUUUGGCCACAUUUCAAUUCAAAGCUGACAAAGAAUCUCGAACCUUCUAGAGUAUAUACUGAGAUAAUGUCUCAUAUAAAAGGAGGCUUACAAGUGGGCGAGGCAUGUGAUAUUAAGCUAAAUAGGGAAGACUAUGUUUCAUUGUCUGAUAAGAGGAUGUCCACUUUUUGUGCUCGGGAAAGGGAGGCCAUCUAUGAUAUUUUUAAAGACUAUGAGAAAAUGAAGAUGAAGCGUGGUGAAUUUGAUCUUGCUGAUUUAGUGAUCGACCUUCAUCAUCGGCUAAAUAAUGCGAAUUUACCGGGUGGAAAAAUGGACUUUGUCUAUGUUGAUGAAGUUCAAGACCUUACCAUGAGACAAAUUGCUUUGUUUAAAUAUGUUUGCAAAAAUGUUGAUGAAGGCUUUGUAUUUUCAGGCGAUACGGCACAGACUAUUGCAAGAGGAGUUGACUUUAGGUUUGAAGAUUUACGUUGUUUAUUCUACAAGGAGUUUUUAAUGAAAACAAAAGACAUUGAAUGUCGAGGUAGGAAGGAGAAAGGACAUUUAUCAAAUAUGUUUACCUUGUACCAAAAUUUCCGUACUCAUUCUGGUGUGCUCAGAUUAGCUCAGAGUGUAAUUGAUCUUCUUUGCCAUUUUUUCCGUAAUUCUAUUGAUGUACUACCACCGGAGACUAGCUUUGUAUCUGGUGAACCUCCAGUUGUGAUCGAGCCAGGUAGCGAUGAGAAUGCAAUUAUCACUAUUUUUGGAUGUGAUGGAAACGUUGGAAAAAUGGUAGGUUUUGGCGCUGAGCAGGUCAUAUUAGUGCGUGAUGACUCUGCCAGAAAGGAAAUAUCUAAUUGGAUUGGACAUCAAGCUCUUAUUUUGACCAUAGUAGAGUGCAAGGGCCUCGAAUUUCAAGAUGUGUUACUAUUCAACUUCUUUGGCUCUUCACCCCUGAGGAAUCAGUGGAGAGUAAUCUACGAGUUCUUGAAAGAAAAAGACUUAUUUGAUUCUGGUUUUCCCAAGUACUUUCCAAGGUUCAGUCAAUUAGGACACAAUAUCUUGUGUUCUGAACUAAAACAAUUAUAUGUGGCCAUUACUCGAACAAGGCAAAGAUUAUGGAUUUGUGAAAAUGCUGAAGAGCUUUCCAAGCCAAUGCUUGAUUAUUGGAAGAGACUUGGCCUUGUGACUGUGAGGAAAGUUGAUGAAUCACUAAUACAGGAAAUGCAAAGAGCAAGCAGCCCAGAGGAAUGGAAAUCACUGGGAAUUAAGGUUAUGGUGCUUUUCUACACAAUUUUUUUUCCCUUUUACCUAUUUCGUUAAUUUGUUACCCAUCUUUGUAUUCCAUUUGAUGCUUGGUUGUUGUGUUGAAUAAUUGG